UGCUCUUCCGUCCCCCUUCCUUUCUCCGAACGGACGACGACGACGACGACGAUGCCGGGCGGCCUAGUGAUCGUGGACGAGGCGGACGAUGCGGUGCACUAUGCGGGCAGCUGGGGCAAGUCCGGAGCGGACCUUGAGUUUGCGCAGACUACGCAUUGCACGACGACGCAAGGGUCAACGGCGUCGUUUUCUUUCGUCGGGACUUCUAUAUCCGUCUACGGCACCAUCGCCGUCAACACCACCGCUGGCGCGCUCUCCUUUGUGCUCGACAACCGGAGCAGCGCGACAUAUACGCCUACCAAUAUGCCUAGUGUCAUCCAUCACGAGCAAUUCUACUCUUCUGGCACAAUCGCCAAUGGCUCCCACUCCCUGGUUAUAACACAGACAGCCGUGGACCCAGCGCGCUGUGUGCUCUUUCUUGAUUACAUUACGUAUCAAGCAACCGUGGACGGGCCGGGGCCGUACUUCAUCGACGACAGAGACACAACGAUCGCAUAUACCCCGGCGUGGACGGACUUUGGCUCCGAGCAGGACUUUAUGCAUACGAGCAGGGCAACGCCUGGCGCAGGCGCAAAGUUAACGUACACCUUUAAUGGCCGCGGGAUAUCGUACUACGGCGGGAUCACCGCUGGAAACCGCACAAAUGCGUCGAUAUCCAUCGAUGGCGGGCCGCCCACCUUCUUCGUGCCCUCUCUCGCACCGGGGAUCGUGAAGGUCAACAACUUGUACUACAACUCGGGCGACCUCGCGGACGGGCGGCACACACUUGUUGUCAGCGCGAUGAACGAUAACCCAGUGUGGAUGGACUACUUUCUGGUUGUCCCCCCGUUGCCGGCUGCCCCGGGGACUGGUGGUGGUGGAGCAAGCGGGGGCGGAAGUAGUUCAACAAUGUCAGGCCCCGGGCAGAGCGGGACAACUCUUCCCGGGGGCACAACCACGACCGUUAAGUCGAGCACUAACGUCGGCGCGAUCGCGGGCGGGGUCAUCGGGGGCAUUGUCCUCCUCGCUUGUCUGGCUUUCAGCGCGCUCUUUCUCUACCGCCGCCGCCAGAACGCUGACGAAGCCAGCUCCCGAAACGCACCACGGCCGGACAUGACUUAUUACCAAUCGAGUCUCGGCUCGCGACCUGGUGCCCCGCCUGGCAGCGCCCCCGAAAACAUCAUCGCACCGUUCCCAAGCUCCCUGCAGGCGAAUUACAGCCAGGCCACUGUGGACCACCAGCAGCCACAACAGCCCGGCCAACAGCCCUAUCCCGCUCACCCUUACCACGCGCCAUACGACUCCCAGUCCGCCAUUUCCGCCGGGUCGUCCUCGCCACCCCUGCGGGCGCAGCGGCCAAGUCACGUGCCUGCGACGUCCUUCUCCGCGGUUUCGUCGGAGCUCACGCCCGAGCACGAGGCGGACGACGGGGACUCGGCCUACACGGGCAUCGCUGCGUCGUCUUCCUCCCAAGGGGUGCGGCAGCUCCCGCUCGCCCCGGUCAGGGCGCCGAGCGCACGGGCAAGCCCGCAGGUCGCCCGAAAGCUUGCGAAUGAGGUGCGGUUUCAGGGCGCAACAGUGCGGGACGGUGCGGAGGGCGGGCCGCCGGUGUACGAUGGGUGA